UCUGAGGAGCUCUUGGAUUUUGCGCUGACAGAGCGGGCAGGUCGCUUCAUCUUUCCCGUCAGACACAUCGGAGCCGCCGUAUUUUUCUUUUCACAGCAGCGUGACACACAUCAUGUCGGAUUUCGAGGAGUUUGAGAAACAGCUGAGCGAGAAUCGACAGGAGCGAGAGAGGGAGCGGCACAAGAAGAGGAGUCGCAGUGGAUCUCCUGGACGAGGUGACAAGCAUCGCAGCUGGAGCAAAGACCGAGGUAGCCGCAGCCGGGAGAAACGCAGCCGUAGCCGGGACAGGAAGAGCCGGGAUCGCCGCAGCUCCUCCCGAGACCACAAGAAGCACAGCCACUCUCCAAGACGAACGAGGAAGAAAAGGACCUGCAAAUAUUGGGACGUGCCUCCUCCUGGCUUUGAACACAUCACACCAAUGCAAUAUAAAGCUAUGCAAGCGGCCGGCCAGAUUCCAACAAUAGCUCUGCUGGCAACGUCCACCACUACUGGAGUAGCUGCAGCCCCGACACAAGUGCCCAUAGUUGGCAGUCAGAUGACGAGACAAGCCAGGCGCCUCUACGUUGGCAACAUCCCGUUUGGAGUGACUGAGGAGUCCAUGGCCGAGUUCUUUAACGCCCAGAUGCGCCUCGCGGGACUCUCACAAGCCCCGAGUAACCCCGUUCUCGCCGUGCAGAUUAACCAGGAUAAGAACUUUGCUUUCCUAGAGUUUCGGUCUGUGGAUGAGACGACGCAGGCCAUGGCCUUCGAUGGGAUCAUUUUCCAGGGUCAGUCGCUCAAGAUCAGACGACCUCACGACUAUCGGCCGUUACCCGGAAUCUCAGAGCAGCCGGCGUUCCACGUUCCAGGCGUCGUUUCCACUGUUGUUCCCGAUUCCCCUCAUAAACUGUUCAUAGGAGGCCUCCCCAACUACCUUAAUGACGACCAGGUUAAGGAGCUCCUGACGUCGUUCGGGCCGCUCAAAGCGUUCAACCUGGUGAAGGACAGUGCCACGUCACUGUCGAAAGGUUACGCCUUUUGCGAAUACGUAGACAUCAGUGCCACCGAUCAGGCUGUAGCCGGGCUCAAUGGGAUGCAGCUGGGUGACAAAAAGCUGAUCGUCCAGAGGGCGAGUGUGGGAGCUAAAAACGCCAAUCCUACCUCCAUCAUAGAGACGCCGGUGACGCUGCAGGUGCCUGGGCUUCAGAGGCUCCAGAACUCUGGCAUGCCCACAGAGGUGCUGUGCCUUCUCAAUAUGGUGAUGCCCGAGGAGUUGGUGGACGACGAGGACUACGAGGAGAUCCUCGAGGACAUCCGCGAGGAGUGCUGCAAGUACGGCACUGUCCGCUCCAUCGAGAUCCCCAGGCCCGUCGACGGCGUGGAAGUACCCGGCUGCGGGAAGAUCUUCGUCGAGUAUGUCUCUGCUGCAGACUGUCAGAAAGCCAUGCAAGCCCUCACUGGACGCAAGUUUGCCAACAGAGUGGUGGUCACCAAAUACUACGACCCCGACAUGUACCACAGACACGAGUUCUGAAAGCACAGACACGUCCCUCCUCCUCGUUUUCUGUUUGUGGGCUGGGCGUCAGUCUGCUUCCCUCCUCCUCUGAUCGUCAUGAUCCUGUCCUUUAGAGACCAGAGCUGGAGCAGUUUUAUUGCUGGACUGCAGUGUGUGUGUGUGUGUGUGUGUGUGUGUGUGUGUGUGUGUGUGUGUCUUCAGUACUGAAUAACUUCCAGCUUUAGCCUAACACCCAGACUGUGAGUGAACUCAUUCUGAACUUAAAAGAUACUCUAGUAUACAUAACAUUUGCCGUAGAAUGAAUGUGACAUGUAUCUUACCUACACUAAUACUGCCUGACAAUUUCAGAGUAGCUAUCUAUCAAGUAUGCACUGUACGAGAAAAAAAAACAACCGUCAAAUGUUUAGAUUUUCUUCCUGAGCACAAACGUUCAUUUCGGGUUUGAAAAGCCAUCGUAAUGUUUCGUCCGUGGCUUUGAGGAAAAGAACGGUGUUCAUUUAUUUAUUUAUUUAUUUUUCGAGAGUAAUAUUUCCUGCUAUAUAUGUCACAUGUUAAUGUUCCUUAAACAUAUACAGUGCUGUGUGCUGCUUACAUAGACCAAAUGUUGACUUGUUUCAUGUCAGUAAAGCCUGAAUAACGACUUUGUAAAUACUAUCAGAGAUACAUUCGAUUUGCGAAACACUAAAAGCUGCUUUAAUUCGAGAGUAAUCAAAACCAAAUUUGAAAUGUUUCAGCUGGAAACUUUUGAUCAGACAAAGGGACAGUUGACCCAUGGUUAACCCCUCCACCUGAGGGGUGUAUGUGAUUCUCAUUUGUUACUCUGCACCUUUAUUCUGGGACACCACUAAAGCAGCUCUGCAUGAUUCUGUUCAAAAACACUGUUAUUCACUUUCAUCCUUUCUGUGAAACACACGAUUGUAGAUCCUGCGUCUUUAAGACACCCCCUGAACUGCUGUGAUCUGUGAGUAUUUAGACGACCCCAUGUGUGGCUCAAACACUGAUUGGUUGAAAAGUUGGCGGGAACGUAGAAGGCCAGUGUUCACUACGAAUGAGAGAAUUUCAAAAAACCAUCAAAGGGAUGUCUGCCGAGGUGUGAGGCUAUUUUUAGAGGAACUUUGUUAGAGCAACAAAUGUGUAUUUGGCUGUUGUGAUACUUUGUUACAUUACUUUGUCAGGUUACAGGUAAAAAACAAAACAAAAAACGCCUCCUUCUGGCCAAGCUGUGUAGCUCCAUCAUUAUUUGCAGCACUUUUCAGCUUUAUUUAUUAUUGAUUACUGAUAACCUUGACCUGGGUAAAGAUCAGAACUCGUGAUCAGUCAUGAAAGCUAGCUGUUUUACUAAAAAUCAGAUACAGAAAUAUUUUAUACGUUGCUGCCUUCAUAGGGAAUGCAGCAGUGUUUCAGACCUUUAAAUAAGAUUUUUAAAUACAUUUUAACACGUUUUCUACAUUUAUUAGAGAGCGAUUCCACCUGUUAUUCCCAAAGGUGGCUGUAGUUCAUCCAGAAGACCAGCAGGGGGCUGAGUGUGACUUUUUCAAUGAACUGAAUGAAUGGAGCCAAGCAGCUAAUAAAAAAUGUUUAUGUUGUAUCUUAGUUUUAGUAUUAGUUAGUACCUAGUAUUGAUAAAAUGUUCUAACUUAAGUGGUUAGUUUUUCUUACAGGGAGGCAAAUUCUGCUCAUAAAAUCUUUGCCUUCUGCUGCGUGACUGGGUUUCUUUCUAUUAAACAGGAAGUCCAUGAUUUGGGGACUAGAAGUUAAAAUUUAAAAAAGUAAUUUUCGCUUCUUCCGUUGUUGGUUUUAAUCAGUUUCCACACAUCAUGUCGCUUUCCUGCUUUAUUUUUGUGAAUAACCCGAUGUAGUGACAGUAAAAAAAGGUGCAAGGGUUUAACAAAAGGUCAACUGUGUCCGUCUAACCAUAAAUAUUCAGAAAUUAAUUUUCAAAAUCAGACGAAGUAACCAUGGUCUUAAUUAAAACCACAAAGCAGAUGAACACAUGCUGAGAAAAGCACCUUUAAGUUGUGUAGAUAGCCAACUGAGCAUUUUUUAAGCUUUAUUGUUUGUGUGCUGCUGUUUUGCAUCUGUUGAAGAAAAUGUAUGAAAUUAAUUUAUUCUGAAGUAUCUUAAAUCUGCUUAGAAAGUGCAGACACAAAUAUGAACUAAGACACCAGAGACUGGAAGGAAAGCCCGUAUUUGCACAUGCAGCGAUGUUCUGUUUCCAAGUAGGCAAAUGUGUAUUUUAUUGUAAUAAACAGAACACAUCAGAUGGUGAUAAACACACUGCUGUAUUUUCUACAGUUUUGAAUGGUUCAAAGGUUUAAAACAUGUUUAGUUUGUACGACCCCCCAUCCUUCCACGUCAUCGCCUCAAAUAAAUGCUUGCAUUCACCGCC